AUGAAUCCGUUUUUCCUGCGAGAAGAUGAUUCACAACCACCAAAACCGAUUGAAGGAUUGCACGAAAUCGGACCGCCUCCGUUUCUGAUCAAGACAUUCGAGAUUGUGGAGGAUCCAAACACAGACCACAUCGUAUCUUGGAACAGAGGAGGCACAAGUUUUGUCGUUUGGGAUUUGCAUUCUUUCUCUACAAUUCUUCUUCCUCGUCACUUCAAACACAGCAAUUUCUCGAGUUUCAUCAGACAACUCAACACUUAUGGUUUUAGAAAGAUAGAAGCAGAGAGAUGGGAAUUUGCAAACGAAGGGUUCUUGGUGGGACAGAGACAGUUACUGAAGAGCAUCAAGAGACGAACAUCUUUCACUUCGUCAUCGCCUUCGUCAAUUUAUGACCCUUGCGUCGAGCUUCGCAGGGAGAAGCAGUUGCUAGUGAUGGAGCUGGUGAGUCUGAGACAGCAGCAACAAACCACGAAAAGCUACAUCAAAGCCAUGGAACAGAGGAUUGAAGGAGCAGAGAAAAAACAGAGACAGAUGAUGUCUUUCUUGGCUAGAGCGAUGCAGAGCCCUACGUUUCUGCACCAGCUGCUUAAACAGAGAGAUAAGCGGCUUAAGGAGCUUGAGGAUGAGGCAGCGGAUAGAGAAAGAGGGUCUUCGAUCUCGGAAUUGGAAGCUCUGGCUAUGGAGAUGCAGGGCUAUGGAAAACAGAGGAAUAUGAAGGAAGAAGAUGAUAUGGUGAUCGAGAGAGAGUUAGACGAUGGUUUUUGGGAAGAGCUGCUUAGUAUCGAGAGUUUGGCUUCCACCUAUAACUAG